CACAGGGCCUGGUGUUUGGAGGAGUGGACGAGAUUUGUACUGUUGCGCGACCACUCCAUGGGUAAAGCAGCUCUAGAGCCCUCCCACCUUUCGGCCUGUCCCCCACGCACUUUCCCGCCUUAUCUCUCUCCGCUAUUCCCUCACUCCCGUCUGCACGUAGCGGAAGUGACGCGACUCAUAGCGGAAGUCCCUACAGCCUUGGUGUUGUGCUGUGGGGAAGGGAGACGGAUUUGUAAACCCCGGAGCGAGGUUCUGCCUACCUGAGGCCGCUGCUGUGCGGAGACCGUCGGGUGAAGCCACCGUCAUCAUGUCUGACCAGGAGGCAAAACCUUCAACUGAAGACUUGGGGGAUAAGAAGGAAGGAGAAUACAUUAAACUCAAAGUCAUUGGACAGGAUAGCAGUGAGAUUCACUUCAAAGUGAAAAUGACAACACAUCUCAAGAAACUCAAAGAAUCAUACUGUCAAAGACAGGGAGUUCCAAUGAAUUCACUCAGGUUUCUCUUUGAAGGACAGAGAAUUGCUGAUAAUCAUACUCCAAAAGAAAAUACUACAUAAAUGGAUGUGUCAAUACUGCGUGGAGCACCGUGAAGUUCAUUAUUGCUGGGAAUGGAGGAAGAAGAUGUGAUUGAAGUUUAUCAGGAACAAACAGGGGGUCAUUCAACAGUUUAGAUAUUCUUUUAUUUUUUCUUUUCCCUCAAUCCUUUUUUAUUUUUAAAAAAUAGUUCUUUUGUAAUGUGGUGUUCAAAACAAUUGAAAACUGGCACCUCAUCUCUUUAAAACAUCUGGUAAUUUGAAUUCUAGUGCUCAUUAUUCAUUAUUGUUUGUUUUCAUUGUGCUGAUUUUUGGUGAUCAAGCCUCAGUCCCCUUCAUAUUGCCUACUCCUUUUAAAAAAUUACAUGUGUGCACAGAGAGGCCACCAUUUUCUGGACUGUGCAUUUUCAGGCUUGUGGUGGUGAUAAAUAAGAUCAAUCAAUGCAAGAAGUAUUCAUAAUGACUUUCCAUUUGGCCCUGAAGUUCUAGCAUGUAAUUGCUUCACUCCUGGACUGUGACUUUCAGUGGGAGAUGGAAGUUUUUCAGAGAACUGAACUGUAGAAAAAUGACCUUUCCUUAACUUGAAGCUACUUUUUAAAUCUGAGGGUUUGGACCAAAAGAAGAGGAGUAUCAAGUUGGAGUCAAGAUUACAGAUAAGGUGAGAAUAAUGACUAACUCCAAAGAUGGCUUCAUUGAAGAGAAGGCAUUUUAAGAUUUUUUAAAAAUCUUGUUGGAAGAUCCCAGAAAAGUUCUAAUUUUCGUUAGCAAAUAAUAAAGUUAUUCAUGCAGAAGUGUAUACAACAGAACACUGCUCUUCUUGGUUUUAUUUGUACUUUUUGGCCUGGGAUAUGGGUUUUAAAUGGAUAUUGUCUGUACCAGCUUCAUUAAAAUAAACAAUAUUUGUAAAAAUCAUACUAAUGCUCAUUUUAUUUUAAUUGUAUAAGAAGAGAAAAGAAAAUGCCUAAAAUAAGGUUUUCUUGCAUAAUACUGGAAAUUGUUUAUACGUGGUAUAAUUUUUUUCUUCAUUACUGUACAUUGAUGAUGUUUAUGACUUUGAAGCACUGAAAGUUACUGAAGUGCCUUCUGAAUUAAGGAUUUAAUUAAGGCCACAAUACCUUUUAAAAUAUUCAGUGUUCUGUUUUUUAAAACUUGAUAUUCUUGUAUGGUGCGUAUAUAUGUGAUAUAGUUACCCAAUCGUGUUGAAUAAAUGGGCACGCCAAAAA